CAGAUGGGCAUCUCCGAUCAUGGACGAACUACCCUCUGAUGUGCUUGCAUUCUUGCGCCAGCACCCCAGCUUGAGACUACUGCCCAACACCCACAAGGUUCGCUGCUCCCUAACUGGCCAUGAGCUGCCCUGCCGUCUGCCGGAGCUCCAGGUCUACACCCGCGGCAAGAAGUACCAGCGGCUGUCAAGUGCCUUCUCUAACUUCGAUUACGCAGCUUUCGAGCCACACAUUGUGCCCAGCACAAAGAAUCGGCACCAACUGUUCUGCAAACUCACCCUGAGGCACAUCAAUAAGUCCCCAGAACAUGUGCUGAGGCACACCCAGGGCCGGAGGUAUCAGAGAGCACUUCAUCAAUAUGAAGAGUGUCAGAAACAAGGUGUGGAGUACGUCCCUGCCUGCCUUCUACACAAGAGGAAGAAGAGGGAGGACCAGACGAACAGUGAUGAACUCCCAGGCCAGAGAACAGGUUUCUGGGAGCCAGCUUCCAGUGACGAGGAAGGCGCCUUGAGUGACGACAGCAUGACAGACCUAUACCCACCUGAGCUGUUCACAAAGAGAGAACUAGGCAAGCCUGAGAACGGUGACACUCCUGAAGACUUUCUGACAGACCAACAGGAUGAGAAGCCGGAGCAUUCAGAAGAGAAGAGCUUUAGAGAGAGGGGAGAGGCCGGAGUGGGCCACAAGAGGGGGAGGAAGAAGCAGCUCACCUCCUUGACCAAGAAGUUCAAGAGCCAUCAUCACAAGCCCAAGAAUUUCAGUUCCUUUAAGCAGCUGGGGAGAUGAAGCCUGCAAGAAAAGCCUUUGGAUGUCCUUGGAACUGGCCACUGAUGUCCUGACAUUGGCUGUUGUCCAGAGUGGGCCUAGAGGUUCUGUUCAGAAGAUGGCAGUGGCGGGGACUUGAAGAUUCCUCUCCAUGCAUGGCUUUCUCUGCAGUGUUGAGUGACUCUUGCUGUUAGCUCACUGUAGCAUCCCGAAGCCUAGCCAGGCUCCCGGCUCUGGCUGCUCACCAUAUAGGACCACACUAUAUACCACAAAUGCCAUUAUUUAUUUUGAUGUUUCCAAAGAUCAAAACAUUUUCAAACACAACUAAGAUAUAAAAUACAGCAUAAAAAUGAGGUUUAUACCUAUUCCCACAUAAAGCUAAAGCAUCUUCAGAAAA